GUUUCCUCGCUUCGAUCCGAGUCGAAAGUUAGUUCAUCAAAAUUCCGUACAAUGCGUGCUCUCCGGUUCUUUCUGGCUCUUGCCCUCCAACUCACGGCGUGUAGCAGCCAGUACGAAUAUGGGCCAGUGCAAUCCUGGGACCUGGAUUCCAUUUCCGAGUUGAAGAGUAAGGAGUUUUGGUUCCACGAUGCCCAACGGACACUCUACGAGAAGCUGUCUACUGCACCAAAUCAGUAUCGUGCCAAGAAUGUGAUCUUCUUUUUGGGUGAUGGUAUGUCCGUGCCCACUGUAACCGCCGGAAGGAUCUAUGAUGGACAAAUACGCGGAGUGGUCGGCGAAAGGAAUCGGUUGGAAUUUGAGAAGUUUAACUAUGUCGGUCUGUCGAAGACCUAUUGCGUCAAUAAACAGGUGGCUGAUUCUGCCUGCACGGCUUCUGCCUAUUUGUCCGGAAUCAAGGCCAACUAUCUGACCAUCGGAGUAACCGCUGAUGUAGAGUUGAACGACUGCAAGGCAUCCCGGUUACCACAGAAUCGACUUUCCUCCAUCGCCGCCUGGGCGCUCAAAGGAAGAAAAUCUGCCGGAUUAGUGACCACAACACGAGUGACCCAUGCUAGUCCAGCUGGGGUUUAUGCCCACACAUCGAACCGUGACUUUGAGAGCGACUACGAUGUUUCCAAAUUGGGUCAAAAUCCAGGAAAUUGUCCGGACAUUGCACAGCAGUUGAUAGACGGAGAUGUGGGCAAGCGAUUGCGGGUGGUGAUGGGUGGAGGAACCAUUAAAUUCCUGCCCAAUACCACCACUGAUGCAUACGGAAACAAGGGUCAGCGCUUAGAUAAUAGGAACCUUAUUGAUGAGUGGCAACAAACCAAACCCGGUAAUGCCAGAGUGGUGUUCAAUCGCACAGAUCUCUUGAACAAUGAUCCUCAGAACACAGACUUCCUGCUAGGACUGUUCAAUUCAUCCCAUUUAGCUUACCAUCUAGAUGAUAGCAUAGACACCCCCACUCUUAGUGAGAUGACAACAGCUGCUAUAAACGUUCUUUCCCGGGAUCCAAAUGGAUAUUUCCUAUUCGUAGAAGGAGGACGGAUCGACCAUGCCCAUCACGAGACAAAAGCCAAAAAGGCUCUUGAUGAAACCGUCCAGUUUUCGAAUGCUGUAAGGAAGGCAAGGCAACUGACAAAUCCCUGGGACACUCUGAUCGUGGUAAGUGCGGAUCAUGGCCACACAGUCACGAUCAGCGGCUAUCCGGAUGUAAAUAACAGCAUAGUGGGUCUGAACUCGGAGUUGAGCGAUGUGGAUCAGUUGCCAUACGCGACCAUCUCAUAUGCCAAUGGACCAGACUACGAGAGGUUCUACAAGUCAACAGAUGGAAAAGUAAAACGCGUGGAUCUCAGGUCCUUGGACUUCUCAAAUUCAAAUGCCAUCUACCCGCAUGGAGUGCCCAUGACAGAGGAGACUCAUGGCGGUGGUGAUGUGGCCGUCUAUGCAAAUGGUCCAUGGUCUCAUCUCUUUACUGGAGUUUAUGAGCAAAGCACUCUUCCACAUUUAAUGGGCUUCGCUUCUUGUCUGGGACCUGGAAUUACAUACUGUGAUUUACAACCCAAGGCGAAUUAUAAUCCUUAGAUAAUUAAUUUAACAUAGAUGCAAUUAAAAAUGUACUUAGUUAUUAGUUUUUCCAUAUUUUAUACAAACAAAAAUUAAACGAAAUCUCACAUACGCUUUUUAA